UGUGAUGUCACUUUACUAGAACCACUAGUCUGUCAGUCACGCAGCAUUGGAAUAGCGAAACAGGGGGAAAAGAAAUAAAAACUAUCGAGCCGAAACGAGAAGGAUGGCGGCGAAGGAUUUUAACAUUUUAUUGGCGACGGACUCUUAUAAGAUUACACACUACAAGCAGUACCCUCCCAACAUCAGUAAAGUGUAUUCUUACUUUGAGUGCCGCAUAAGAGAAGGCGACCGCUUCAAGGCAGUUGUGUUUUUUGGUCUGCAGUAUCUAUUAAAGAAAUAUUUAGCAGGUCCAGUUGUAACGGAAGAAAAAAUUCAGCAAGCAAAGUUGUUUUACCUCUUACAUUUUAAACAAGCUGUUUUUGAUGAAGAAAGAUGGAGAUUGCUUUUAGAGAAACACGAUGGUCGACUUCCUAUUCGUAUCAAAGCAGUUCCAGAAGGAAUGAUUGUUCCCAGGGGUAACGUCCUUUUUACAGUUGAGAACACAGACCCCGAUUUCUACUGGCUCACCAAUUAUGUGGAGACUAUGCUAGUUCAAAUUUGGUAUCCAAUUACUGUGGCGACUAUUUCCCGGGAGUUUAAGAAGAUAUUGGCCAGACACUUGAAGGAGACCUCAGGGAGUCUUGAUGGUCUGGAAUAUAAGCUGCAUGAUUUUGGCUACAGGGGGGUGUCUUCUCAGGAGUCGGCUGCCUUGGGAGGAGCAUCACACCUGGUGAACUUCUGUAGUACGGACACCGUCGCAGGCCUUCUUAUGGCCCAGCAGUACUACAGCUGCCCCAUGGCCGGCUUCUCGAUCCCAGCUGCAGAACACAGCACAAUCAUCUCAUGGGGACGGAAUCGAGAGAAAGAAGCAUUUGAAUAUUUGCUGGAACAAUUCCCCUCAGGACCUCUCUCGGUCGUUAGUGACAGUUACGACAUUUUCAAAGCCUGCAGACAUAUCUGGGGGGGGAAGCUGAAGGAACGCGUCAUGGAACGAAGCGAGGACUCCAGGCUUGUUAUCAGGCCUGACUCGGGUGAUCCAGUCGAGACCAUAAUUGAGGUGUUAAACAUUUUAGAAGAUGCCUUUGGAAGUACAGUCAAUUCAGUUGGCUACAAACUGCUUCCAUCUUAUAUACGAAUCAUUCAAGGAGAUGGCAUAGACAUUAACUCCAUUGAGAAGAUUCUGAAGAAGCUUAAAAGUGAAGGGUGGAGUGCAGAAAAUGUCAACUUUGGCUGUGGCAGUGCCCUUCUACAGAAGAUCAAUCGGGACACCCUCAACUGUGCCUUCAAAUGUAGCUAUGUGGAAACAGAAGGGAAAGGGAUGGAUGUUUAUAAACAGCCAGUCACUGACCCUUCAAAAGGCUCCAAGAGAGGACGACUGUCUUUGAGGAGAAACUCCGACGGAUACAUGGAGACGGUAGAAAAGGGGAACGGAAAGCCUGAGGAGGACAUCUUGACCACAGUUUUUGAGAACGGCUCAAUUCUUCAUGAGUUCACACUCGAUGAAAUCCGGAAGAAUGCCAGACUUCGGGAAGAUGAUAUUCAGGACCAUCAGAACUCCUUGAAUGUGGACACGCUGUAUCCCGAACGCAUCUUGAAUGGACUGCAUUAGGACGGUGGCCUCACGGGUAUCUUAUCAGUAUUCUUUGGGACCAGUCAUUGCCCUCAGCUUUAUUUUGUUAAAAUAUAUUUUAUUUUUUCUUCAGAAUCUUUAUCUAACAAUUUUCAAAUUUAGUGUUUUUUUUAAAAUAAUGGCUCUUGUCCAGAUAUGUUUGUUGUAAAUGAGGUGUUGAAGUGUGAAAUGCAAGUUGUUCUUGUAAUGUUUGUCACUUAAGUGUCCCGUUACCCUUCUGUUCACAUGUUGACCGAUUUUGAAAAUUUCAGCAAGUCGAGUCUCGGGACACCUCGACCGUGAGACAUAAAUGCGUCAAAGAGCUUUGAUUGAGCUCUUACCGUGUUGGUCCAUUCAUAAUCACAGGGUUUACUCAAACUUGAAUAAUCCACCACAGUUGUCUUGCAUUCCAUUACAAACAGAUUUGUUUUAUUGAUUAUUUCUGAUACAUUUAAGGUCCUCUUAAUAACAAUUAGCAGUACACAAUAGUUUCCUGAAAUUGCGUUCCCUCCUCAUGACACGAUGUGAUCAUUGCUCCACAUCUGUUGAUAUAAAAUGGGCUUGUGGGUUCCAUCGAGUUAGCCAAAUACAGAAGUGCCUUUUCAGAUACAUCAGUUCGGUAAAUGUUAAAUUAGCUAAUAGCCAUUGACAAAGGUUUGUUUAAGACCAAAAUAAAACGUGUAGGAGUAGAGAUUUGCCUUUUAUGCUAUGCAUAUUACUAUUGUAAUUAAUAUUAUCAUAUUGGUGAGUAACUCGGUAAUGGACCACCAGGAAAUAAAGGUGAUAAGAUUGGCCGCCAGCAAGCGGGGGACCCUGAAAGGGAGAUGCGGCCUGCUGUCCCAUAAUGGAGCACUCCACUCGCCAGGAGAUCGAAGGGUUAAUCAGAAGUGAAGUGGACACAAUGUGGAAGUCUGUGCAUAUUAAUGAAGUUAUUCAGUUAGUGUUAGAUAUAUUAGCAACUCAGUUAUAUUAUUUAAUGAAUAUCCAGCACAACAAAAAAGGGUAAAGACGCAUAUUCUCAACAAGACGUGUGCUUUUAAAGAUUUGAAAUCAAAUGGAUUACAAUAAAAAGGUAUUUUAUUGCGAUUA